AUGGCUUUCAAGUUCGCGCAGGGCCCCGCGUUGGCCUGGACCGUCUUCUAUUUUUGUUUGACGCUGGCAUUCUUAGGGCUGUACGCGUGCGCUGUGGCCGCUGUGUUGUCUCCAUCGCCGCUCGCGCUUCGCUGGCGCAUUGCCUGUUUUCUUCCGCUGGUCGCAAUCACACUGGCCACACAAAAGGUCUCUGGACACGGACUGCUUGGGUUCCAUUUCAGCUCGGGGGUGUGGAUGUCGCUGUUCGGCGCGGCGGAACAGGUGUUGGUUGAUCCCGGGCGGACGAGGGCCGCAGUCGAACGCGAGCUGGGGUUAAGGUUGGAAGCGGUGGGCACGAAUCAGAGGAUGGAGUGGGCGGCGAAGCUGGCUAGCGGGGACGCGGUGGGGGAGAAACGCUUAGCCGCGUCGGCCCGGAAAGCGGAACCACCAUCGAAAUGGCUCUUUGCUCUGCAGCGAACAUUAACUGCCCUUUCCGCUCUGCUCGUCGCUGAGCUCAUUAAUGUCUAUAAUCUCUCGCAAACGCCCGCUCUUUACAAGAUACACACUCGUAUUGCGUCACUCCCCAGUCUCGCAGGCAGCUUUCUCGUCCAGCGAUAUGCCAAUGUCCUUCUCUUCGGUGUCCCUCUCGUCCUGCUUACCACAGUCCUUCCCAACGCCAUCGGCGACGUAUAUAUGGUAAUGACAGGGGCAGAGACUGUAAACCAGCGCCUCGAACAACUCGAAUUACCUUCGCGCGGAAGUCCGAUCAGGGUAAGUUCCCCAAUGCUACUCUACAGUAUAAGGAACUUCUGGGGGAAAUGGUGGCACCAGAGGAACCGCUGGUUCCUCACCGCGCACGCCCGCUGGCUCGCCCACCGGCUGCUCGGUUUGCAACGCGGGACCAAAGCGUCUGCAUAUACACAGCUCUUCGCCGUGUUUUUCCUCUCGGGGACCAUGCACGUGCUGCCGGAAUACGGUGCCCUUGGUCGCUGGCCCCCUGCCGGCGGCGGGCUACGUUUUUUCCUUCUCCAAGCCGUCGGCAUCACACUGGAGGACUUUGCUAUCCGCGCGGGCCGGCGGAUCUACCGGGCCGAAAUUAUCCGGGACACCGCCUGGGGAUGGAAGAUAGGUGGCUUUCUCUGGCUCUGGACGUGGCUCGCGCUCACUGUGCCACAAUGGCUUGAUCCUCUACUGCACGCGGGUCUCUAUGACCCGGUUUUCCGGAGCUGGGUUGUACUACCAUUAUGGAAUAAGUUUGAAGGUCGUAUUUGA